CCGGCCAUCUUGUGGGAAGAGCUGAAGCAGGCGCUUUUGGCUCGGCGCGGUCCGCUGCAAUCCGUGGAGGAACGCGCCGCCGAGCCACCAUCAUGCCUGGGCACCUACAGGAAGGCUUCGGCUGCGUGGUCACCAACCGAUUCGACCAGCUAUUUGACGACGAAUCGGACCCUUUCGAGGUACUGAAGGCAGCAGAGAACAAGAAAAAAGAAGCCGGCGGGGGCGGCGUUGGGGGCCCCGGGGCCAAGAGCGCGGCUCAGGCCGCGGCCCAGACCAACUCCAACGCGGCAGGCAAACAGUUGCGUAGAGAGUCCCAGAAAGACCGCAAGAACCCGCUGCCCCCCAGCGUCGGCGUGGCUGACAAAAAGGAGGAGACGCAGCCGCCGGUGGCGCUUAAGAAAGAAGGAAUAAGGCGAGUUGGAAGAAGACCUGAUCAACAACUUCAGGGUGAUGGGAAAAUAAUUGAUAGGAGACCAGAAAGGCGACCACCUCGUGAAAGAAGAUUUGAAAAGCCACUUGAAGAAAAAGGUGAAGGAGGUGAAUUUUCAGUUGAUAGACCAAUUAUUGAACGGCCUAUUCGUGGCCGAGGUGGUCUUGGAAGGGGUCGAGGAGGCCGUGGACGUGGAAUGGGCCGAGGCGAUGGAUUUGAUUCUCGUGGCAAGCGUGAAUUUGAUAGGCAUAGUGGAAGUGAUAGAUCUUCUUUUUCACAUUACAGUGGCCUGAAGCAUGAGGACAAACGCGGAGGUAGCGGAUCUCACAACUGGGGAACUGUCAAAGAUGAAUUAACAGAGUCACCCAAAUACAUUCAGAAACAAAUAUCUUAUAAUUGCAGUGAUUUGGAUCAAUCAAAUGUGACUGAGGAAACACCUGAAGGUGAAGAGCACCCAGUGGCAGACACUGAAAAUAAGGAGAACGAAGUUGAAGAGGUUAAGGAAGAGGGUCCAAAAGAGAUGACUUUGGAUGAGUGGAAAGCUAUUCAAAAUAAAGACCGAGCAAAAGUAGAAUUUAAUAUCCGAAAACCAAAUGAAGGUGCUGAUGGACAAUGGAAAAAGGGUUUUGUUCUGCAUAAAUCAAAAAGUGAAGAGGCUCAUGCUGAAGAUUCAGUUAUGGAUCAUCAUUUCCGAAAGCCAGCAAAUGAUAUAACGUCUCAACUGGAGAUCAAUUUUGGAGACCUAGGCCGCCCAGGACGUGGUGGCAGAGGAGGACGUGGUGGACGUGGGCGUGGUGGUCGUCCAAACCGUGGCAGCAGAACUGAUAAGUCAAGUGCUUCUGCUCCUGAUGUAGAUGACCCAGAGGCAUUUCCAGCUCUGGCCUAACUGGAUGCCAUAAUACAACACUGGUUCCUUUGUGGACCCUCCUGUUCAAAGCUUUUGCAUGCUUAAGGAUCCCAAACAACUAAGAAUUAAAAAAAAAAAAAAGACUGUCAUUCAUACCAUUCACACCUAAAGACUGAAUUUUAUCUGUUUUGAAAACGAACUUCUCUAGCUACACAGAAGUAUCAAAUAUGUUAGUCAGUUUUGUAUUUAGAAAUGUAUUGGUAGCAGGGAUGUUUUCAUAAUUUUCAGAGAUUAUGCAUUCUUCAUGAAUACUUUUGUAUUGCUGCUUGCAAAUAUGCAUUUCCAAACUUGAAAUAUAGGUGUGAACAGUGUGUACCAGUUUAAAGCUUUCACUUCAUUUGUGUUUUUUAAUUAAGGACUUAGAUGUUCCUACAAUUACAAGCUGGUUUUAAAUAUUGGCCAUCAAAUACUGGUUUUAAUACCUGCUUUGCAUUUUCACACGUGGUCAGCUGGGACAUGUAAACUUCUGACUUAUAAGAUUUUAUGCUGUGUGGAAUACUAACCACUAUAUAUUUUAACUAUAUAUUUUAAUUUGGGAGUUGAAAAAUUUCUUUUCACAUCUUAUGAUAGCUGAUGUAUACUAAAUCUUUAUACAGAAAUGUCAGUACUUGAACAAAUUCAAAACAUAUUGGUUUAUUAACGUUUGGCUCAUGCAUGGUUUAUUAGGUUCAAAUUAUAUAUACCUGAUUCACCUAUAUUUACUUUUAAAAUGUACGGCUUCCUCAUUUUAAAAGUAAAACUAAACACUGCUUUUGGAACUUUGUAAGCUACUUAUUGUUGAUAGAUACAGCCUGUGUUCAGUGAAAUAGUUUUGUGGGUGUGGGUUUUACCUUUCCUUAAACAAGGUGGGCAGAGUAAGUUAAUGCCUAAUAGUUAACUUGUAUAAAGUAAUAAGCUAGCCAUUUGGUAUUUGUGUAUGAAAGACCCUGAAAUCAAAAUGUUUAUCCAUAAUCAACAAUCUUUAUUUGAUUUUAUAAAAACCAAAGGGCACUCAUUGGUAAGUGUGCUGAGAUGGAAAAGUAUCUUAACUUUUAGUAUUUCAAAGCCAGCUUUAAUUUGGAACAGCAACACCAUAAAAUUCAAAACAAGUUAUCUUGUUUAUGAACUUCCUAUAUGUUAUGAUACAGUCUUGAGUUGAUAGUGUUACAUAUCAGUUUCCAUUUCCUCCAUUAGAUAAUUAGGUAAUUGAUGGAUUCUUUGAACAGAAGCAUCAUUGCUUAUUAAAAAGGUAGAUAUGUAGAAUGGUUAAAAAAAAUCCAGGUUUUCUAGGGUAUUUUUAUUCACAUUUAUUGAUUAAAUAGGGAAGGAAUUUUAUUCAAAGCUUUAAAGACUAGUUAGUUGUCAUUUUUUUUAAAAAACCUGUUGUAAUUAUAAAAAUACUGGAGCUCUUUUGCUAGCUAGAUGAUUGGUUUCAUGUAUACAUCUAAAAGUUACUAUAUAAUACAUUUAUUCAUUGCAUUUAUUAAUCUUGUUGCCAGCAAGUCUGACAGCUUGGAAAGAAUUUUUUUUUUUUUAAUAGACUUGAGCUGGUGACUUACGCUGCACUUGUUCUGUACUAGUGCUGCUUGAAGUUUCACAUGUUCAGACCCCUGCUUUUCAGAGGCAAGUAGACUUGUUGGCGCCUUUGAGGUUGGAGCAUAUGCUCCCUUAAGUCAGUAUGCUUAAACUUUAAAGUAUCUUAAUUCUUGUUUUAAUAGUAACAUCUUUACAGAUUUUCAGCUACAUGUUGUAGAAAACACCUGCUCUUAGAAGCACAAGUUUUACUCAUUGAGUCACUGUAACCAGAAAACAUAGAAGCAUUUAUUUUAUUGCAGACUUUCAGAGUAGGCUGAAUAUCAACAAGUUGGUUAAUUCUGUCUGAUACCUGUGAAUUUCCUUUCAGGAUCACUUUAUGUCGAGUUAAAUGUAAACUUUGUUGAAAAUAACAAUUUAUUUUCAUGCUCAUUUCCUAAAAGAUAAAAGCAAUCAAGUGGGAACCCCUUUAUAUGUUUCUUGGUUUCCCUUUUUCAUUAUCCUAAGAUAAUGCUACUUUUAAGAUUUUUGAAUGUUUAGAUAUCAUGAGAGGUUUUUAUUUGAUAAACCUGCUGAGUCCCGUAUUUGCUUGGAAUACCUAUCUUAAUGACGAAGUUCCUGAAGUUAGUACAGUGAUUUCAAGAGCGGAUAUAAUGGCUUGAAUGCUAUUAAAGGUAAAUGGUAUCAGUUGAAAGUUUUGGGACAUUUCCAGCUUGGAUUAAAGGGAGGGUAUAGUUAUUAGUUGAAUACUAUUUGGGGUUGCUGAGAGAUCUUAAAUGUAACAGCAGGUUUUAUAGUUCAUUUUAUUCAGUUCACAAUACGUCAUUUGCAGAGUUGUGAAUGUAUUUGGUAUGGGUUUGGAGAGAGAUUGUGCAUUGCUUCUGAUUGUUAUUUUUAUAAUUACUAGAGAUGACUGAAAUAGAAAGAAAUGUAAUAACUGAGCUUGGAAGUGAAGUGUAAGUAUUUUGUGUUGAAAUUUUUAAAAAUGUCUUAAGAGCAUUAGCAGGUGGAAGAAACCAGGUAUUAAAAAUUAAAAAUGAGGCUGCAUGAACCUUACUAAUGUUGACUUUAAAGGUAAGACAUUGUAGGCAUAUCUGUGGACAAGCUGCCAGACAUUGAGCUACCUGUGAUACAUGCAGUUUUGCUUCCCCCACCCUACUACCUUGGUUCUAGGUAUCCAUCCAGGGCCUUGCUCAUGCUGGCCAAAUUGCUUAGCUAUAACCACAGUAAAUGGAAAAUAUAUUCUACCCCUAACCUUUGUAAUUGUAGAGAAAUUAUUAUGUAAAUAUUAAAUGAAAGUCAUAUCCCAUGUUGACUAAAAACCAGAAACCAGACUGCUAGUAUGGUUUGAUGAGUAUGUCUACUAGUAACAGAGUAAAGUAUUACCUUACUAAACAGCCUUAGUAAUUUAUCUGCAGUGGCAAAACCAGUUGUCAGGUGAUUUGUGGGGCUUUGUUUGUUUUUGUUUUUUUUUCCCCCUUAGGUUGAUUUGAAGUGCUAGGGAUUUGUGUGUCCUGGACACAUGUUCUGUCAUCAAACUUCAACUUGAAUUGUUCGGUUUUCUUGGGAUAAGUGGCUGCUGAAGUGUAAGGUUUUGCUAGCUAUGUCCUGAUUGUUUCCAGGCCUGAAUGUAAGAACUCCUUUAAAAUAAAGAUUUAUUUACCGCUA